AAGGCGUUUCAUUCUGCUGCGCGCUCUGAGCGGACGCGCCACCGUGCUACUGUCCGCCACUUCAUCUCAUCCGAGCCUGUUUUUAUAUUUCUUCUGCAAUCAUAUCACUCCUUCUGUGCUGUGUGUCACUUAACUUCAGUUUGCACGGUUAACGUGCAGUAACAUCAGCAUCUAUGGCGCUUAAUGGAUAUAUAUUGGCCGCUCUGUGCGCACUUUGGGGAGUGAUCAUCGCUCAGCGUGACCAAGUAAUCUCAUUCAAAGAGUGUCCUGUGGACUUGUUCUUUGUGUUGGACACGUCUGAAAGUGUGGCCCUCAGAGCCAAACCUCCAGAGUUUUACAUCAACCAGAUCAAGACCUUCACCAAGCUGUUCAUUGAUCAGCUAAAUAACCUACCACAACCAUGUGAUCGCAGUGUGACGUGGAAUUCUGGAGCACUACAUUACAGUGACGACAUUGAGCUGGUGAUGGGACUAGUUGACCUGAAAACAAAGCGUCAAGACCUGAAGGCGGCAGUAGAUAAAAUCAAAUACAUUGGCAAAGGAACAUACACCGACUGUGCCAUCAAGGAGGGUAUCUCCGAGCUGCUCCGAGCGGGCUCCCAUUAUCAUGAGAAUAAGUACAUAGUGGUGGUCACGGAUGGUCACCCUGUGACCGGCUACAAGGAGCCAUGUGGUGGGAUCCAAGAGGCUGCCAAUGAGGCACGACAACAUGCUGUCAAAGUGUUCGCUGUGGCCAUCUCACCUGACCAGGAGGACACCAGACUGUCAGUCAUUGCCACAGAUGCGAGCUACAGACAGAACUUCACCGCUGCAGAUCCCUCCCGCUCCACACAGAUGAGCACUAUAAACACUAUCAUUAGCAUGAUCACAAACGAAACAAAGGAUGUGUGCUGUUCUUUUGACUGCAACGCUCCCGGAGGCCCUGUGGGACCCCCUGGUGAUCCAGGACAAAGAGGAGAGGAUGGACGACCAGGCAUGCCAGGAGAGAAAGGAGAUGUUGGUCCUCCGGGAAAUGUUGGUGAUCCUGGUCCUGUCGGAUACCAAGGAAUGAAGGGAGACCAAGGAAUAAGAGGUCAUAAGGGAGAGAGAGGACAUAAAGGCUUCAAGGGAGACAAAGGUCAACAUGGUCUUGAUGGAGUUGAUGGACGUAAGGGUGAGGCGGGAUUCCCUGGUUUUCCAGGCUGCAAAGGGUCACCGGGGCCUAAUGGCUUGCAAGGAGAACCAGGUCCUAAAGGAGACCCUGGCCAAUAUGGACCCAAAGGACAAAGAGGAGAUCCUGGCAAAGACGGUGAACCAGGAAGACCUGGAAACUAUGGGUCCUCGGGGGCAAAGGGAGACAGGGGUCCGCGUGGAGCCAAUGGCGAUAAAGGCGAGCGAGGGGAUGACGGACUACCAGGACCAGAUGGCCCAAGAGGAGAGAGAGGCACACCUGGUGAAAAAGGUGAACAAGGUUCCCGUGGUAACAGAGGGCCCAGAGGUGACCCUGGUGAACCCGGGCCCCGGGGUGAACAAGGACGUGAGGGGUCAGCAGGGCCAAACGGAGAACCGGGUGCGCCAGGAAGGGUAGGGUCCCCAGGUUAUCGUGGUGAUGAAGGUACUACAGGGGCCGAGGGAGCCAAAGGGCCCAGAGGAAUCAAAGGGGCCCCUGGAGAUAGAGGCCUGAUGGGAGAGAGGGGUGAAGACGGACCUCCAGGAAAUGGAACAGAGGGCUGUCAUGGUUUCCAGGGUUAUCCUGGGCCCAGGGGAGAUCCAGGAGCACCUGUAAGUAUCCCAAACCCUACAGAUGAUCUGUUUUUAACACAACCCAAUAGUGUUGCAAAAGUAAAAAUCCCAUUCAUUCCUUCCACUGAGAAACUGAUUUCUUGCUGUGAAUGCAAAUGUGGACCCCUGGACAUUGCCUUCAUUGUGGACAGCUCUGAGAGUAUCGGAGCUUCUAAUUUUGCCAUCGCUAAAGACUUCAUUGUGACGGUAAUGGACAGGCUCAAGGUCAAGUUUGGUGCCAAUGAAUCUCGUAUUGGCGUGGUGCAGUACAGCGGUGCCAAUGCUCAGGAGGUUGUACAGCUCGGCGACCCCAACAUUAAGACCUUAACAGACCUAAAGCAAGCCGUGAAAGACUUCCGCUGGCUGGCUGAAGCCACAUACACUGGAGAAGCUCUGCAGUACUCGCUUAACAACAUGAUCAACAAGCUUGUGACGGAGAGGAGUGUGGUCAUUGUCCUUACUGAUGGACGCUCUGACACCAUAAGAGACAAAGUACCCAUGAACGUGCUGUGCGGCAAGGGACUGAAGGUUGGUGGUGUUGGAGUGGCGGAUUAUGCAGAAAGGCAGCCCAAUUCGGAACAGCUUGAUGAGGUUGUGUGUAAAGAUGAUCCCAGAAAAGGCUUCUCCUUUGUCUUAAACAACUUUGGUAUUCUUCUGGAUGACAGUUUCCUGCAAAACCUGACUGAGAAGAUCUGUGAAGACAAGAAGUGUCCUAGCUUUACUUGUCCAAUUUCAUUUAAUGACAACACUGAUGUCCUCAUCAUGAUGGACAGCUCAGCAAGCGUGGGCUCCAAGAACUUCGAGAUGACCAAGGAGUUCGCACAAAUGCUGGCUAAGCGCUUUUUGUCAGCAGAAAGAGGAAGCUUCCAGGUCCGGGUUGCCAUUGGCCAGUACAGCAACAAUGCCAACUUAGAGACCGAAUUUUCCUCAAACAUCACCCAGGUGGCCGCUGAUAUUACAGAGGCAAAGUUCCAGGAUGCAGGUACACAGAUAACAAAUGCUCUCACCUUCGCCAUUGAGCGCCUCAGGGGUGGCAGGACGAGGAAGAAGAAGCUGCUGGUGUUUUCGGAUGGCCGUUCCCAAGGCGUCAGCAACAACCAGAUUGAAAAAUCCGUGGAACAGGUGAACAAUGCGGGCAUUGAGCUGUAUGUGCUGGCCGUGGGCAACCAGGUAAACGAGAUGCACCUGCGCACCUUAGUGAGCCGAGGACGGCCCUAUGACAAUACAUACGCCUACCGCCACCUUUUCAAAGUACCUGACUACCGCUCAUUGGUCACUGGGGUCUUUUACCAAACUGUAUCCCGCAAGAUUUCCUUGGAGUCGAGGGGGUGAUUGGAUAGUGGGAGGGGUUCAGGAAUAAAGGGGGUGGGUGACAGUAUAGCGCAAGCUUUGAUUGUUUUUAUUUUUUGUCUGUUUUCCAUGUGAAUGGUAUAUCUGAACUUAAAAGGUUUUUCAUAGUCUCUUACAUUUCAUAAAAGACAGUAAAUGAUUGUGUCGGAAUUCUUAAAAAAUUAUUUUCAUGUCACUUAUUUCUUUGUAGGUAAAGGGAUUUAUCAAGUCGUUUCACAGAUUAUGUCAAUGUUGGAGUAGGUUAUAGAGCUUUGACUUUUUGACUGUAUUAAGUUGUCCAUGACUGCCAGAAAUUUGCAUUAAAUAAUAUAUCCACUGCUAAGGGCACAAAAUUAUUAUUUCAGUGGAAAGGAGCUAUCAUCUCUAUUUGAUGAUGCAGACUUCUUGCAAUCUUGCAACCAGGGUCCAAAAUGAACACAUUCUAAUCAAUCCAUCAAUCAAUCAAUCAAUCAAUCAAUCAAUCAAUCAAUCAAUCAAUCAGUCUUUCUAUCUAUCUAUCUAUCUAUCUAUCUAUCUAUCUAUCUAUCUAUCUAUCUAUCUAUCUAUCUAUCUAUCUAUCUAUCUAUCUAUCUAUCUAUCUAUCUAUCUAUCUAUCUAUCCUUUACAAUAUAUGUUUAUAUCUACUGUCAAAUAUACCUGGAAAUUGAAAAUAUAUAUAUUUUGGACCCUGCUUGCAACCAAGUCCUAGCAAUUCUUUACUUGCAUUAGUCUGUGGUACACUUAAUUGUUGCCAUUAAAAAUAAAACUUGAAUAGAAAUUUGGUGCUACACAUGUAAACACUACACUAGCUCCUUUAGUCAUUCAAAUGCAGGUUUCUUCAAAAUUGUUCUAUGUGCCUUUAACCAAAGAGUUUACCAACAGGCUUCUCAUGCCAAAAAUGUAUUUGAGGCCAGCCCCAGGGCUGUUGUAAAGGUAUUUGAAAUAAAGGAUGCUACACCCCACCACUAA